CGUCUCGUCGAAUUCAUGAUUUACUUAAACGAUUUAACUGAAAAAGCAGGCCAGCAAAGACGCCCACCGCUGCUCCAUUCAAACGCAUACCACACCUACAGUAGUCAGUCGUGUGAUGUGUUCGGUUUGCUGAUUGUUGCGGGUGUCGAUCGAUAAAUAAACUAAUAUCGUUAUCAUUUGACGUAUCCACAAUAAAGAAGCAAAAAGCAUCAACGUCGGCACUUUUCCAAUCUAGAAAACACUCGGUCUCGUGACGAAUGCUUAGCUUCAAAAUAUGAGAUUCGACUCCUCCCACUGAAUAAUAAUACAGGCGCAAAGGAAAAUCGUCUAAUUGAAGUGUUACCAAGGUGUUGCAUAUCAGGUGUUGUAUAGCAACAGUUUGUCCGCAACUGUCAAGAUGAUGACACCGACGGACGCGGAGCUGGACGAGCCUGGCCAGCAGGAAGAUGCUGUGCCAGAACUAACGGCCGUCUUGGAGGUCAGCCCCAUGUCGACGGCAGCCAAGCCCGAGGACGGACUUUCCAACUACAGCACCUCCGUCGAGGGAUCUGUCGUUGCCUCGCCGUCGAUUGAGAGUUUUUCGACGUUUCCCGAGCAGGAGAUAUCUGAUACGAACAUCGAUUUAAGGGACCUGCAGGUGAAGGUAGAAAAUCCGCAGAAGCAUGUGGAAACCUUGGAGACCUACAUCACUUUUCGCAUCACCACAAGGUCAACCAGACCAGAAUACGAGGAGGGGGAAUACAUUGUGCGUAGGCGUUACAAUGACUUCAUAUGGCUGAGACAGAAGCUGGUCGAAAGUUACCCUGCGCAUAUAAUCCCACCGAUGCCAGGCAAACACUCUCUUUUGGCCCAGCUGGACAGAUAUUCUAAAGAAUUUAUCAUAGCAAGGAUGAAGUUGCUGCAUAUUUUUCUAAAUCGUAUGGUUAAUCAUCCUAUUUUGAGUUACGAUAAAAAUUUGCAUGUGUUUCUCACUGCCAAACCAGCAGAAUUUUUGGUAUACAGAAAAAACCGCGGCAAUGUGAUGGGUAAAGUAUCAGAUUCUUUACAAAGUAUGGCCAGCAAUGGUGUUGUAAAGCAACGUCAUUUGGAAUUUGAACAGGCUCGAGAUUACUGCGUAUCUUUGAGUGAAAAAUUAAGCACUAUAGAUAAAAUAAGUAGGAGAAUACACAAAGAAAGACAAGAUUAUUUAGUUGAAUUGCAUCAGUUGCACCCUAUAUUUACACUUUGGGCAACUUCAGAGCCACAACUUGCCAGAACUUUACAAGCAGUUGCUGGUGCCAUUGAAUCUAAUGCAUCUGCCCAUCAAAAGUUGUUAGAUACUGCUGUAAAUGAAGAAAGAGAAUAUAUUACUUACAUUGAUGCUGUCAAAGAUGCAUUGAGUCGUAGAGAUACUAUGCAAGUUGAAUAUGAGAUGACUGCUGAAGAAUUGACAAAAAGAAAGACAGAAAGGGAUCAAAUAAUAAGUUCUGGAAAUAUAACAUCGAGCCGGUGGGAUAACUCGUUCUGGAAAACUGAAUCCAAUGGCGAAAAAUUAGAUAGAUUAUCUCAGACAAUACCGCGUCUGUCAAAAGUGGUUGAAGUGUUACAAGAUCGUUUAGAAUGUGCAAAUGAAAAUUUACGGAGCGAUUUAGAACGAUGGAAUAUUGAAAAACGAACUGAUUUAAAAAAUAUACUCAUUGCAAUGGCUGACCAACAAAUCGGACAUUACCAGCAAUGUACAAAUGCUUGGGAAGAAGCUUUAUCUGUUGUCAAAGUAGGCAAUAAUGAUGCAUCAGAGUCUGCCACAAGUCCACCAAAUCGAGUAUUUGUUUAAAUAUUUGUUGAUUUUUUUGUUUUGCAUAAUGCUUAAGGAGAAAGUAAGAUCUUAUAAUGUAUAAGUACAUGGUUAUUUGUUUUUCUUUUUUUUUUUUUUUUGUUAAAAUUUCAUGUAAUGAAAUGAGAUGACCAUGUUUAGUAAUAUUAAGUGCAUCAUUUUUGGGAUACUCAAGAAUGUUGUUAUUUAGAAAAGAAACCUUAAAUUUUCACAUAAAAAAAACUCAUCUCUAUAUGUAUUUUUGUUAGUAUACAUUAGUUACUAAAAUCAUUGAUUUAUAUAAAAUGUUCACACUAUAUUGACAAACGUACCUUGCUGUGAUAAUUAUAUCAGCUAGACAUUAAUUUGCAAUUAAUUAUUUGGUAGACUGAAUUUAAAUGCCACAAGCAAUUAUAAUUAUGUUACAUUUCUGAAUGUGUUUCAUUUUGGGACCAAAAUAUUUAGUUCUUUUUUUCAUGAUUGUAUGAUUGUGCCGCAAAAUAAAAAGACAAUCGUUCAUUAGUCGAAUAAAUUAAUAGGUGGUACUUGUCUGAUAUUUUUAUCAUUUAUGCAUUGAUAAACAUUGUUUAUCUAAUUAAUACUAAGCUAAGAAUGAAACAUUUUUUCAUCUACAUUUUUAUAUCCAAUAUAGUCACGUAUGAUCCGAGGGAUCAAUGUUUAAUGUAUAUUAAAAUUGUACAAAGAAAUACAAUACAGAAUAUUUACAAAAAAUAUUAACAUUAAAAGAACAGUAACCAUAUCUUUUAAUGAAUAAUUUAUUACUUCUAUUGCAUUAAUUAUUUUACUUAAGAACAAUUAGGCAUCGGCGUAAUAUAAAAUUCUACGAGGUUAUCAAAGUCCUUCAUUCUCGUGAUGGAUUCAUCUGUAAAUUAUUAUUUAAUUAUAAAUAUUAUUAUGCAUAGUAUUUAAAAAUUUGUUAAUGUGCAAUUUAUAAUAAAAAAACCAGUUACAAUAUA